AUAAUACAUAAAAGGAGGUAUACCUUACAAAGGUAUGCUUUCACAUUUUAGAAUAUCACGAAUAUUCGCUUGUCAUUCUCUAACACCAAACACGAGUUCCAUGGCGAAGGCAAAAUGUGGUAUCGAAUGCGCCACAACUAAAGAAGCCGAAUACUUUCUUCUAGAAAUCUCAACAAAGUUACAUCAAUGGAGCGCGACACCAAUAAAUCAUCACUGUGAUAGUUGAACAAACGAGACAGGGAAAUGUGACAUUUCUCGUAUGACCAAACAUUUCAAAUGUUUGGUCAUAAACACGGAGGGCUAUCAGUAAGUACACGGACGAAAGGAUGCAGUGAAGAUAAUCUGGAGCAUUCGUCGUGCGAAGAUACCGUGCUUGGAUACCGUGAGAUUACGGACAAACAACAACCGACAGUCAGUGACCUGGGGUUUACUGACUGGGAUCAGGUGUGGUCUGGUGGGGGAGAGUCGUCGAGUCAGAGGUCUAGGUUGCUAGCUGCCGGUCAGAGCGACAGGUUCCCUGGGUCCGGACGAGAAAUUCAAGCAUAAAGUGCUGCGCAUUCGACCAUAGACCUCGGAGCCCAGUGCAGUCAGGAUUUCAGAGUCGGCAGUGUGUCUGCCGGGAACAGUUCACACGGAGGCUGCACACUGGAAGCAGAUUCGAUUUCUCGUCGAAGAAAUCGAGUGUCCUCGCUGCUUUGUGAAGCUCGAGCAGGGGCUCGAGAGCUCGCAGCUCCCGAUAGAGGGACCUGGACCUUCGAGUGGCUCCUCUGGUUUGGAGUCUCUUAUGACUGAAAAACUGAAAAACUGCUCCGAUUGACGAAGAAAAACUGUUCGAGUGAAGGAGAGGGAGGAAAGCACUUUCAUCAUCGCCAGUCGAGACCCGAAUGAACAGACGACGAUAAAGUCUGCGGAGGGUACUGUGAAGCUCGUGCCUGCCUGGGUCAUCCAUCCGUCGGAACACUGUGUUUGUCGUGGGCUGAGAUCAUGGAUAACGCGAAAGAGGAGGAGAUGGCUCAACCGCUGAUCCAGCCGAAGCCGAAGCGGCAGCAUGUGAUGCACGAAGGUUUUAUGAAGUAUUUGGUGGCGUUCGAGUUCUUGGAGAGAAUAGCUCUGAGAGGAGUACAGACGAUCCUGGCUCUGUUUUUGCUCGAGAGCUUGCACUUCAGCGAGGUGGCGGCCACAGAGAUCGUGCACUUCUUCCUCAUCGGAUCGUUCGUCAGCCCGUUCAUCGGCUCCUUUGUCAGCGAUGGCUUCCUGGGCAAUUACGUGGCCUGCUACAUUUUCUCCUACUGUGAACUUGUGGGACAUAUACUGCUCAGUGUGGCGGCCAUACCAAUCGUCAGUUGGCAGACCUCUGCAGUGAACCACGUUAUGGUGCCGAUGGCGCUGGGACUGGUGGUGCUGGGAACUGGAGCUCUGAAGCCGUGUCAGGUCACAUUCGGAGGCGACCAAAUGAGCCACAGCUUCGACCAGAAAAAUGGCCCCAACACCUCGGACGCCACGAAGAAGGAGGCGAGUCAUGAGUUCUUCUCCGCGUACUACAUGGCCAUGAAUUUGGGCACGCUCUUCAGUGCCGUCGUUGCGCCCAUCAUCCGAGCUCAAGGCCACGGCAACUACUUCUACGCCUUCCUCAUGCCUGCGUGCUCGAUGGCCUUGGCCAUCACAUCCUUCUGGCUCGGAAGAAAGACUUACUACUAUCGACCGAUUCCGUCAUUAAUUCGCGAGAGUGGUGGUGACAACGAGCCAACGAAGCGCGAUGGAGAUUCGUCGUGGGGCACGGCGGAAGAGAGCGCCAAGCUCGUGGCUGCUGUGGAAACUUCGUACAUGGAGGAUUUGAAGGAUACGCUGUUAGUGCUUCUCAUCGUCACGCCCUGUCCUUUCUUCACGGCCAUGUUCUUCCAAACGAGCUCCACUUGGGUGUUCCAGGCUCGGACCAUGGACGGUCACGUGCCCCUCUUCGGCGGCUUCACCAUCGAGCCCGACCAACUGCCGGCGUUGAAUCCGAUUAUGGUUUUCGCGAUCAUCCCUCUGAUGGACCAAAUCGUGUAUCCCUUCAUUGAGAAGUACAUUUGCCCGCUGCCAAAUUUGACACGUAUGGUGUGGGCACUGGUCGCGGCCUCGUUAUCUUUCACUGCAUCGGGUAUUCUUCAAAUGUAUAUCAACGCGAGUUUACAAGAGCAAGAAGGGAACGGGCUUCAUGCUGAGCAGGCAGAUGUUUCCCUUCUUUGGCAGAUUCCACAGUACUUCUUCAUCAGUUUGGCCGAGACACUCAUGUUCAUUCCUGCCAUCGAUUGGGCCUACCAAGAGGCUCCUGCAUCCAUGAAGACCGUGGUUCAGGCUGCACUUCACUUCUAUUCUGCCAUAGGGAAUGUCAUUACCAUCGCAGUCGUUGCCAUCAUUGGAAGUGGUGGGUCGAAGGUCACCGAGUCUUUCGCCUUCGUGGUUUUGGGUUUGUUCGGAACUGCCGUAAUGGCUGUUUUCAGCUACACGUACGUCCCCCGACAGAGGAGACUCGCGAAAAGACGAGAAAGCACGGGCACCGAAGCUCUUGAGUGGCGAUCUUGAAGGCGAGAGUUCAUUAAAAAAUCCUCCAGUGCAGAUAUGGAAAUCUUCAGUUGCGAUCACCAAGCAGACAAUCCAGGGCAAGCUCGGGUAAUGAGAAGGAAUCCGGUAUUGUAGCUCGGGAAGCUCUCGAAAUUUUGAUGGUCAUGUAUAAUAUUCAGUACCAAAACUGGAUCUAGUGUUAAGCUCAUUGUAUUAUAGGAUGAUUCAAAUGCUUCUUCGGGUAAGUAGGGUUUAAGCCCACGUAUAUUAUAGUGACUCAUGCCCGGGCGAUUUCGCAUGUUGGCUCGCCUGUGAGCAUUAUUCAGACCGAGUGAGGUCGAAUCUGGAUCGACUGUACUUUUAGUAGACAGAGAAUACUUGUUCACCCAUUAGUUUUGUUAACCAAGUGAACUUGUACUUUUGGUAGACAGAGAGAAUACUUGUUCACCCAAAAGUUUUGUUAAGCAAGUGAACCUGUACUUUUAGUAGACAUAGAGAAUACUUGUUCACCCAUGAGUUUUGUUAACCAAGUGAAAUAAUCUUCUAAUUGCAGUGCGUCUGUUCGGAUUCUGGUGAGCGUUUGCAAAGAUGUAUUGCGACGAGAGAAUGCACUCUCGAUAUGUUGUCUUCCCUGCAAAUAGCUCAGACAUAUUUGAAGGUGAGAUCGUCAGAUAAACCAAAGCAGCUGAAUGAAGAGCAAGAAAUCACUCUUUGUACUCACUCCAAAUGUUACGCCUUCUUGUUCAGAGAGAAUUCUGUCUUUGAGCUGAGGGGGCCAGCAGUGCCUCCUUCAUCCUGCUCAACGCACUGUCAACUAUCUGGGAUGUGACAAUCAACUCUUGAUGUUGGAGGGCACUCUUGAUACUUUGAGUAUGUGUAUAAAAUGCCCUGCUUCGUUUACUUGACCCUGAACCUCUCAAAGGUAGAAGACGGCAAAACACUCCUUCGACAGGAUACAAAUCCACAUUGCUGGACAUAUAUCUGUCUGUAGAAUGCUUAAGAAGAGUACUGGACAGUGGAACAUGCGAGGAACAGCCGAGGGCAUGGUAGGAUACAGCCCAUCAUCAAGUUAGCAUUGGGUUAUUUGGUUCAUACCAUAUAUCCAGGAAAAUUGGAUAUUCACCAAACGAAGGUGGGGUAAAUCAAACCCACGCCACAACCUUCAUAUAUGAGUAAGGUUCCAGCAUUCCUUGGAAUUGCAAAACGAGCAAAAAUUUACCACUAUUACUAGAGCUUUGAUAAAGUUGACAAAGCUAGAACAAGAGAGUGGCAUUGAAGAAGUCAACUGGAAAAUACUUUUGUUGAAGUCAAGGUUAAAUUAUAUCUGCCGCUCUUUUUGAGGAGACCUGCGAGAACUGAUCACUUUCAGUUACAUCCAGAUUGAAAUAAUUUAGGGUUUGGCAGCAGUGAUUACUAAACAUGAUGACGAAGUAUACUUAUUUGUUUCAGGUGCUGUAAGAGGCUCCAACCAUGAAACAGAGUCAAAAAUCAUUUUCAUGAAAAAGGACGUUUGGUAAAUAUCUGGGAGGUGUCAUAUAUCAAAAGUUAUUACUUGUAAACGUUUUUACUCUCAUCGUUCAUCGUCGAUCAUUAAAAUGAUUGACAAAUCAAUUAAGUUUACUGUAAUGCUUGCAGGAUAGGUCCUGAUUAGAGGCCAACAAUUUACUUCAAAUCUGCACCCAGACCAGAAUAUAACUCAGCAGCUACCUAUGCCCACCCAUGAUACUCAAAUUAGGCAAAAUCUUGGUUGGAUCGUGACAAACACUGCCCUUAGCAUUACUUGUGCGCACCCAUGGAAAAAUAAUGUCAUCCGAAACUCACCCGUAACCACGGUCAUGGGCACCGAAUGUUGGGCUCUGGUCCUGAUUAUACAUGACUAUGAUUUUGCGGUGAUGCAUAGACAUAUAACAAUAAACUGUGCUGCAAAUGAUUUUUUACGAAACCAAUGUACAAGAUGACCAAACUAGAGCUUGAUGCUAUGAUGAUGUAAAUGAUGGGAUGACUCUGGAUCGGCAGAGCUCAGUUGGUAAACUAGUCGGCAGGAUGUUGGCGCUUAUGAGCUAAUUCCAUUCUUUUCAGGUCAAAGAUUCAACAGAUCAUCGUGGACACCCAAGAUGAGAAUGGUUUGGUGGCAAAUUGAGACAUACGUGUUCGCCAUGUGACAAUGUGCCGGUGUUAUAUUUAAUGACAAGGAGCCGGAUUAUUUUCCAUAAAGAAUUCAUCGGUUUGGAUAAGAACGUUUACUCCUUCAACGAGUAUGAGAUGAUGAUUGUACUACUUUUAUCUCAAAGAGCUCAGUUGGUGAGACAUGCUCAAUGAGUUACGUCACUUUGGAGCAAAGCAAAUGUAUAGUCUGCUUUAGAAUCACUCUUAGUGGAAAGACUUGCAAACAAUGCUUCAACCGUAGUGUAUAGAUGCAUGGCAUGUUACUGUGUGCGAGCAUCAUUCAAUUCUUCUAAAUCAUAUAUUUAUCAUGGAACUUG